UCUUCCUUUGUCUACUCGUUGCAAUGGGACGAACAAUUUCAAAGCUGAGGACGGCUACUAAGCAAUUGGUGUUGGCUGCCUUUCGUUCUCUUUCUCUUCUUCAUCCUCAGAGUUCCCGGGGAUGCACAGUUAUUAUAAAGCAAGAUAAGAAUUGUUCUCUGCCCCAUCAACUUGACGAAACCAUAGAUAAAUCAGACUCUAGUAGCAACACUCAUUCUUCUUCUCCGAUCUUGUGCGCUAUUUGUCUAGAACCUCUGAGUCAUUGUAAUGAAGCUAUGUUCACGGGACAGUGCUCUCAUUCCUUUCACUUUUCGUGCAUUGCUUCCAAUGUAAGUCAUGGAAGUGUCACUUGUCCGGUUUGCCGUGCUCACUGGACCCAUCUCCCACGCCUGUCCAGACGCCAACAAGAAGACCCUGCUCUUCGCAUUCUCGAUGAUUCCAUUGCCACUUUCCGCAUCCAUAGGUCCUCUUUCCUCCGCUCUGCUCGCUACGACGAUGAUGAUCCUAUCCAUCCUCCUUCUUCCACAAGUUACCCUCGUCUACAUUUCUCUUUAAUCCCUCUCACAGUCGUUGCCCGCAACUUGAUCUCUUAUCCAUCCCCUUCCCAUCUUCACCAAGGUGCUUAUUCUCCAUUACACAUGUGUAGAAAUGGGUUGGACACAAACCAUAAUCAGUUAAACACUCUGUUUUCUCCAUCAGUGCGGCCAAAGCCACAAGAUUGCCAAUGUUUGUGCAAGAGAAAUGCUUACCUCUCAGUGAGACUGGCGAAUCCACAACCCAUUGACUUGGUCUUGGUUGCGAGUCCUAGCGGGCCACAUACUCGUCUUCUCAAGCAGGCAAUGAUAUUGGUAACCUCCUCCCUUCGACCGGUUGAUCGUCUAGCCAUAGUGACCUACUCGUGUGUCGCUGCACGUGUGUUUCCUCUAAAACGCAUGACCUCAUGUGGAAAACGGGCAGCUCUUCGAGUGAUUGACCGUCUCUCCUAUAUGGGACAAACUGAUCCUUGUCAAGCCAUCUUUAAGGGCAUUAAAGUACUCAAAGAUCGUGCAUACAAGAAUCCACGGUGCAGCAUUCUACAUAUCUCCAGCGAUCCUAUGAGAUCAUAUUAUCCAAGCAGCGUCAUGCAGACGGGUUUCAUGGUCCAUAGGUUUCACGUGGGAUUUGGUGCUGAGACUUGGGGUUUUGUGAUGCAUAAGCUGGAAGAGCUUUUAGAAAAGGUGUUGGGAGGAGUAGUGAGUGAUAUCCAGCUGAGAUUUGGGAUGGAAGGGAAGAUUGUUAAAGUUGGCGAGUUGAGAGGAGGUGAGGAGAAGCAAGUGUUGCUAGAUCUUGGUGUGCAUUUUAAUGUUCGUCUCUGUUAUAGCUAUGUUGAAGGAGACACUGAUGAGUGUGUCAGGAGAAGAGGAGAGACGACAUUGAGCUUAAUUGACGACAAUGAAGGGGUAAAAACCGAUGAGUGUGACUAUAUGAACACCACUAGUGUGAGAAGAAGCAUUAAUACUGAAACUUGGGACUAUCAUGAUCCUUUUAUGGCCAGAAGAUGGGCAAAGCGGUUGCAUGAAACUAGUAAUUAUUCUUACUUGUGAACUUUCUCAAGAUUGCUUCUGUACCAAGAAUUCAUGAUUGAAUCAACACUAGAAAAGUACC